AUGUCCACGCCUACGCCCCCCGACUCAUCUAGACCGUCUACUCGUCGUUCGAGUAGGUCUGAGGUGAGUACCGUACCCCCUGAUCGAACGAAGAUCAGGGCUGAGUGUGUCCACUCCCGGGAGUUUUGAUCGAUCUGACUCGCUCCUCCUCCCUCCGCUUGGUCGCACCCUGACCUGUUGCCCCACCCGAUUCGUAUCGGUGCAGAUCCCCAGUGGCGCUACCUUCCGCAGGGUAAGCUCCUACCCAAAUUACCCUCACCCCACACGAACCAAGAAGCACGCAAUUGAUAGCCCCUGCUCUGUGUGUGUGUGACAGGCGUCGACGACCGCGCGAGGUUCCAUCUCCGGUACGGGACGUCGUAGCGAGCUUUUAUCGCACUUCCAUCGUACCCAUGAGGAGAACAAUCCCCCUUCGGCUUCAAAGAAGGUCAGUUGUGAAUCAAAAGUCUCCCCCUACUUCGGGUGGGGGGACGCGCGGCGUGGCGGGGCUUUCGUAGAGAGCGCGGGCGGAGUAAUCGCGCAGAGCGGAUGUGGGGCGUCAUCGUCAUCGAGUCGGCGGGUGAGGGCGACCGAGGACAGGGCCGGCGAGCACGAAGCGAAGCGAAAGAGGAGAUGGGGCACAUCGUAUACGGCACUGAAUACGGGGAUGCGUAAGGCUGAUCAGACGGUGUACUUGUUGUGUGGAUGGUAGGAUAUGGCCGAGUGGUUGAGCAAGCUCGAACAUCAGUUCUCGGUCACGCCGCAACGCUGCCGUAUGAUCGUCGACGCCUUUAUCGAGACUCUCGAACGCGGCUUGACCCAAACCGGCCAGGAAGUGGUGAGUCGCAUUUAAACCACCGUACCGUAGUGGGGAUCGCUCACGCUUUGGCAGUGACUCGGGGGACACAGCCUAUGAUCCCUACGUUCGUCUUUGGCUGGCCGACGGGCAAAGAGGUCGGGUCAUACCUCGCCGUCGAUCUGGGAGGAACCAACUUGCGCGUUUGCCACGUCGAACUUGAAGGUGAUGGCAAGUUCGAGGUUACGCAGACCAAGUACCGGUUGUACGUUCGCGCCGCAGAGGAAUCCCCGCCGAGCAGCAGGGUGGCUGAUUUGGGUCCCUCUCUGCCUCAUCAGGACCGAGGAACAGAAGCAAGGCGAGGGCCAGGAUCUGAUCGACUUCUGCUCAGAGUGCCUCAACAAGUUCAUCCAGGAUCAUUACGGCGAUGAGAAUGGCGAGAUCAUCCUCGAGGAACCCUUGGCACUCGGCUUCACCUUUAGUUAUCCUUGCAUGUCAGUCUCGUUCGCCAUGAGGAGCCGAAAACGCCUUGUUGGCCAUCCUGACUGACCGACCCCGAUCUCGAACAGCCAAGAGAGGAUCGACCACGGUGUCUUGUUGCGCUGGACCAAAGGCUUCGGCGCUCCCAACAUCGAGAACCACGACGUCGCCCAGAUGUUCAAAGAUUCGCUCAAAAAGUUCGACGUCCCCGUCGAGCUCGUCGCCCUCAUCAACGAUACGACGGGAACUUUGAUCGCAUCGGCUUACGUCGAGCCCAGGACGCGUGCGGGUGUCAUCUUUGGAACGGGGUGCAAUGCUGCGUACGUCCCGUAGAGCGAGUGAGGGCAAGGGCGGUGCACUAUUGAGGGAGUGGCUAUCUGACCUCGUCUUUUCACUCGGGGGAGGUAUCAGGUAUAUGGAGAAGAUCUCCGCCAUCACCAAGAUCAAGGACCUCGGACUUCCCUCGGACGCCGAGAUGGCGAUCAACUGCGAAUGGGGUGCCUUUGACUCGUCGACGCACGAGAACCUCCCCCGCACCUCGUACGACAUCACCAUCGACGAGUCGUCCAACAAGCCGGGCGAACAAGCGUUCGAGAAGAUGAUUGCGGGGUUGUACUUGGGCGAGAUCUUCCGUUUGGUCAUGUGCGAGAUGAUCGAUGAGGGCGUUUUGUUCCUCGGUCAAGAGACGUACAAGGUCGAGAAGCCCUAUGCGUUCGAUACGGCUUUCUUGUCCUUGAUUGAGAGGUGCGUGGAGCGAAGCACGUCCUGAUCCCGGUCGUUGGAGCUGAUCAAUGUCGGGUGAUGCUUCUUUCGCACAGCGACCACACCGACGAGCUCUUGACGGUCACCGGCCUGUUCGCGCAUUUCUACUCGCUCGACACUACGAUCAAGGAACGUCAAUUCUUCCGCCGUCUCGCGCAACUCAUCGGAACCCGUGCCGCUCGACUUUCAGCCUGCGGUAUCGCGGCCAUCGUUUCGAAGCAGGGUUACCUCGACGAAGGGUGCGGCGUCGCAACGGAUGGAUCGCUUUACAACGUCAGUCCUAACAUGCCCCAGGUGAUUAGAUGAGAUACUUAAUCUCCAGGCGUUGUUGCGAUCGUGACACAGAAAUACCCCAAGUUCCCUGAACGCAUCUCCGAGGCCUUGCAGGACAUCUUCGGCGAAAAGGGACGGUGAGUGACGAUACCCUCGGGUGGCAUCAGGUGGCCCGCAUUGGGGAGCUGGACUGAUGUGUGGAAGCGACGUGUUGCUUACAGAGGCAUCAAGACCUACCACGCUGAAGAUGGGUCCGGCGUCGGGGCGGCUGUUAUUGCUGGUACGUCGCGAUCUGCAGGUUAUCUGUGCAGUGGCGUGGGCGUAGGAACUGAUGAAUCGGUGGUGACGUGCUUCAUGCAGCCAUGACCAAAGCCCGGAAAGAAGCCGGCGUCAUCACACACGUCUAA